AUGCUUAUCAUAAGACAUUCUCCCUAUGUGGAUAUAGUGAAAUGUUCCAAAAUAAACCUGCUAAAUGAGCUUAAUUACAGGUUGAGUGUCUGUGGAGUUAAAAAACACAAACUGUCCUCUGCUUUGGCAUCACAGCAAUCAGGACAGAAGACUUAUGUGACCAAAUGCAUAAGGGUUUUCACCCACACACCAAACAAGCAAUCCUACAGCAGACACUAGCUGGUGUUCUCCAAUUCAAUUCUGACACUAUCUAUCUACCUGGAGAUAAUAUCUUGAGUUAUUUCAGUAUAUAAAAUUUACAGGUCUAUACUAUCAUAAGACAAUUUUAAUUUUACCUUUAUAAUAAGGAAUAGCAGACUCAUGAUUUGAUCUUUUUUUCCUUCACUAGUAUUGGGUGUUGUACCACUCCAAUAUGUGUUUGUUAUGACAUUUACUCUUGAUGAUGGAACAGGUGUAUUAGAAGCCUAUCUCAUGGAUUCUGACAAAUUCUUCCAGAUUCCAGCAUCAGAAGUUCUAAUGGAUGAUGACCUUCAGAAAAGUAUGGAUAUGAUCAUGGAUAUGUUUUGUCCUCCAGGAAUAAAAGUUGAUGCAUAUCCAUGGUUGGAAUGCCUCAUCAAGUCAUACAAUGUCACAAAUGGAACAGAGAAUCAAAUUUGCUAUCAGAUUUUUGACACCAGAGUUGCAGAAGAUGUAAUCUAAUAUUGCCAUCCAACUUAGCAUACACAAAAUGUUGUAAUUUAUUAAAAUGUUACUUUUCUAUUAGAUUAUUAUAAAACCCGUAAGAGAUUUAGCUAUUUUUUAAAAUACCGUUCACAAUUCCAUUUUAACUAAUAUAUUUUAUUAUUUUGACAAAUAGAUAUUGUGUUAUUUUAAUGCCAUCUUGUAUGCUAAAAAUGUUUCCGUUGCUCAAAAUAAUCAGGACGAUGGCUUUCAGGUAUAUAAAAGAAAUAGAGACAUUGAAUAAGAA